AUGAGCGAUACAGAGAUGAAGGUGGACCCCGUAAGAGCUCAGGCUCUUGUCUCGCAGCUGCAAGAAGUCAGCCAGCGCAUAACCGCUGUUGCCAAGGGCCGACCGGUCCGGCUUGUGGCCGUGUCCAAGCUCAAGCCGGUGAAUGACAUUCUGGCACUGCACCAGGAGCCCACCAAACAGUCUCACUUUGGCGAGAAUUAUGCGCAGGAGCUGGGCCAGAAGGCGCAGCUGUUGCCGAAGUCUAUCCAGUGGCAUUUCAUUGGUGGUUUGCAAUCCUCACACUGCAAGACCAUCGCCAAGAUCCCCAAUCUCUGGUGUGUGUCCAGUGUUGACACGCUGAAGAAGGCGCAGCUGCUGAACAAGACCCGCGGCGACCUCAUCGCCGCUGAGCCUGCCGUGCAGAAGCUCAACAUCCACGUGCAGGUGAACACAUCCGGCGAGGAGUCCAAGUCCGGCUGCGCGCCCGGCGCCGACACGGUGGCGCUGUGCCGCGCCAUCGCAGACGACUGCCCGCACCUGCAGCUGCUGGGGCUGAUGACCAUCGGCGCCAUCGCGCGGAGCGUUGCCACGACGCCGGAGAAUGAGAACGAGGACUUUGUGCUAUUGCGCGAGCAGCGGGAUCUCGUGGCCAAGGAGCUCGGGUUGGAGGAGAGCAAGCUGGAGCUGAGUAUGGGUAUGAGUGAGGACUUUGAGGGCGCUAUCACGAUGGGGAGUCACGAGGUGCGUGUAGGUAGUACGAUAUUUGGACAGAGGCCGGCGAAGGCAGAUGCAAAGAUAGUUGCAUAA